UUUGCAGCAUAAAAGGAGAUAACAACUUGUUUAUUAGUAAGGUGUCACAGUAUAUUAUAAAGUUGCUGGAUCAUAUGACAUCGAUCAUAGAGAAGUAUAAUGAAAUUCAUUGUAAUAGUUGCCUUGGUUUAAGCUCUAUUUUAGAUGCAGUUGGAUUAUCAUUAUCAUCCCUUCAAGGCUUUCUGUCCGGUCCGCUUUUUCCAUAUUGUCGAGAUACGAACCAUAAACUACUUGGAGGAUUUCUUCAAACAAUUGAGAAGCUAUUGCUGGCUCUAGCUAAACUGUUUCCAGACCUUUCUAGGAUUGAUAUGACAGAUUUAUCUCUAUGUACUUUGCCUUCACCUGAAAAUCAUAAUCCUGUGGGUGAACCUAGUGCACAGAUUAUUGAUAUGGAGUUAGAUGCGACUGAUGAUUCUAAAGAUGCAGAAGCUUUGGCUGUUCGAAGCAGUGAUACUUCAGUUAUUUCUUUGUCUCCUCAACAGUUGAGGAUAGAAAUAGUAAAAGCUUGCUCAUAUUUUUUCCCUGUUUUACCUAUCUUUACAUGGGAAGUUUUGCUUGAUCUCAUGAGGAAGGAAAAUGAUGCAGAGGUUUUGCAACCUAUUCUAUUCAAUCUUUGUAAACAUUUUCCACAAUCCACUGGAAGUCUUUCUAAGUUGGUUAAUGUAAUAAACAAGAUGAUGGAUACCAGUUCAAGUCUAAGCUGUCAUUAUGCAAGCAUGCUAUCCUCUUCAUGUGCUUUGUUGGAAUCGUUAGUUCUUUCCAGUUCUCAUGACAAGAAAUGCGGUGAGGAAGUGGUCAAUAAUGAUGAGGUAUGGUUUGUUUGCCUGUAG